UGUGAAUAAAUAAGGGCCCCUUUUCUCCCAAGACGCGUCCGCCGGGAGCUCGCGGCCUCCGUCAACACACCACACCACACCGCAGUCCAACACCUCAACGGCUUAUCAAUGCACUAUCCGGCUGCGCUCGUGGCCCUCGCGGCCCUCGUCGCGCCGUCGGCCGCCUCGCCCAACGGCUGGUCAUCGCCAAAGUCGGCGCCCGAUGGCCCCACCAAACUGGACGACUGCGGGUGCUGGCCGAUCUACCAGGCAAUGCUCAAGUGCCAAAAGCUCAAGGGGCCCAACAGCAACAUCGACGACUGCGUCUGCAUCCCCAAUCCGGACGGGUGGUACACGUCGCUGAACGGCUGCCGGGCGUGCCUGUCGCCGGGGUCGUACGACGACAACGAUUUCUUCGACAACCUGUCGCGCACCAUCAGCCAGCUGUUCGUCUCGUGCACCAACGUGGGCGGCGGCAUCAACAGCCCCGACGGCGAGAGCAUCUGCGCGAGCAACUACUAUUUCCAGGCGUGCGCGUCGCUCAGGACCGAUGGGCAGCCCAGCUGGGCCAGCUACGAGGUCUUCAAGGACGGGACGGGAGGGAAUGGGACAUACGUCUUGGAUAUUGCCGAGUACGGCGCGAGUUCGUCGGCUGCUUCGAGUGCGACGACGGAUACUGCUACGUCGACCACUGCGACAACCUCAGGUAGCACGACCGCUACCGGCGCCACCACCACCGAUUCCACUACCGGGGGCUCAGAAACCACCGGCACGUCUGUCGCUUCCACUUCCACCACCGUGGUAGAAACAACUUCUGCACCGGCUGCCACGACGAGCAGCCCAUCAUCCGCCAUGGGCUAUGCAGGCUCUCGGUCGCAGGCUGGGCGUAUCGUUGGUUUGGUGUUUGCGGUGGGGGUUGCAGUGGUGUUGGUGUGAGGCCUUGUCGAUACGUCAGCGAUCUAAGCUAGUUGUCGCCAACAAUGUGUAUUGUACAAUAUUUUGGAUAUUCUUGCAUGAUAUUCUGAGGAUAUACCCUGUUCAAGUCAUAGCGAUUGAUUCAUUUACGCUACGAAUGCAGAUCUCUGAGUUCUAUGGGGCCAAGAAUCGGGCCGAACCCGCAACCACCAGUCGGAACCACACUCGACUCAUCGGGUAUGGUGUAGCGGUAACAU